CUUGUCUAAUUCUAUUGCAAACUUUGCAAUAAUGGGUUUCAAAGUUAAUAUUGGAGUUGCCAUUUUGAGUGUUAUGCUUCUUCUUGUUUUCUCAGAUUCGACUCGCAUUUCCAACACAAUCGAUGUCCCACGUAAUGAGGGCAAAGGGAGUAAUGAGGUAAAUGAUUCCAAAUGUUUUGGAAAAUUUCACUAUAAAGGUUAUAAACACGGUGAAUACGGACUAGGAGGAGGAGGAGGAGGAGGCGGGGGCGGUUACAAUGAUUAUGGUGGCGGAGGCAGAGGCGGUGGGGGUGGCUAUGGAGAAGGUGAAGGUGGUUCUGGUAGCGGAGGUGGUGGCAGCGGCUAUGGAGGUGGUUCUGGCAGAGGAAGUGGUGGUGGUAGCGACUAUGGAGGUGGUGGUGGUAGUGGCUAUGGGGGUGGUUCUGGCAGCAGAGGUGGUGGUGGUAGUGGCUAUGGAGGUGGUUCUGGCAGUGGAGGUGGUGAAGGUAGCGACUAUGGAGGUGGUUCUGGUAGUGGAGGAGGCGGUGGUGGUUAUGGCGGUGGAGAUGGCUAUUAUGGUAAUAAAGUUGGUUCAGAUGUCGUCAAUCCAUCUAUAGAUACUGAGAAGACAACUUCCUUCGUCAACCAAGACUGGUAUAGACAUCGCCAUGGGGGUGGUGGAGGAGGUGGCCAUGGGGGCGGAGGAGGAGGUGGCUAUGGAGGUGGCCAUGGGGGUGGUGGAGGAGGUGGCCAUGGGGGUGGCUAUGGGGGCGGAGGGGGUGGCUAA